UCACGAAGGUACCCUUCCCUCGCAUCUACAAAUUGAGGCAAUUAACAAGUCCAAGCCAAAACAACAACAACAACAAAAUGGUGAAAUGUAAAAAGUCAUCUCUUGUUGCCUACCCUAUCUUCCUCCUCCACACCCUAUGCUUCCUUUUGUUCCCACAGCCCUUACUAUCUAGCGAGCAUCAUUAUGUUCGUCAGCUUGCUAAGCAGCUUAUCAUCACUCCCCACAAGGGCUCCGAUACCGACCCUCAACAGGUGCACAUUUCAUUGGUGGGCCAAGACAAGAUAAGAGUGUCGUGGAUAACCGAAGACAAGAACGGAGAAACUUUGGUGGAGUAUGGAACAAAGUCAGGGGUAUAUAAAGCAAAAGCAACGGGGAAUGAUACCUCGUACCAAUAUUUUUUUUACCACUCCGGCAAGAUCCACAACGUUGUGAUUGGGCCUGUGAAGCCAAGCACCACUUACUUCUACAGAUGUGGAGGGUCGGGCCCCGAGUUUUCCUUCAAGACACCCCCACCCAAGUUGCCUAUUGAAUUUGUGGUCAUUGGGGACUUGGGACAAACUGAAGAUACUGCAUCAACACUGCAACAUGUUGACAGCAGCGACUACGAUGUGUUCUUGUUACCAGGGGAUCUAUCCUAUGCGGACACUCAACAACCUUUGUGGGACUCCUUCGGGCGUUUUGUGGAGCCAUAUGCUAGCAAAAGGCCAUGGAUGGUUACUGAAGGCAACCACGAGAUUGAGAUUUUCCCCAUUAUCUACCCUCACGGCUUCAAGGCCUACAAUUCUCGUUGGCCUAUGCCCUUCGAAGAGAGUGGUUCGACCUCAAAUCUCUACUACUCAUUCGAGGUUGCUGGCACCCACGUCAUCAUGCUCGGUUCCUACACUGAUUUCGAUGACAAAUCAGAUCAAUACAAGUGGCUUCAAUCUGACCUGGCCAAUAUUGAUAGGGUGAAGACACCUUGGGUCAUUGCGCUGUUGCAUGCACCUUGGUAUAAUACUAAUGACGCUCACAAAGGUGAAGGUGAAAGCAUGAGAAAAGCCAUGGAAGAGUUGCUUUAUAACGCCCGUGUUGACUUGGUUUUUGCUGGCCAUGUUCAUGCAUAUGAACGCUUCACUCGAAUUUACGACAACAAGGCUGAUUCGUGUGGUCCAAUGUAUAUAACGAUUGGGGACGGUGGAAACCGUGAGGGACUUGCAUUAAAGUUUAAGGACCCUCCAAGCCCACUUUCGUUGUAUCGAGAGCCAAGCUUUGGUCAUGGAAGGUUGAGAAUACUAAAUGGAACAAAUGCUCAUUGGUCAUGGCACCGCAACAAUGACACUAAUGCAGUUGUAGCUGAUGAUAUUUGGAUACAGAGUUUCAGCAGCUCGAAAGCAUGCUCCAAGACACAAAACCAUCAAGUUGCUCAUGAAGAGCUGUAAAAUUCAACUUGGAGCCAUAUUUAUUGCUACUGUGAAAGAAAAGAUCAAAUAGUUUGCUGCAAUUUGUGUUAGCCACUUAGCUUGUAUCUUCAGCAACGAUGACUAGUGUAACAUAUUAUUCCACUUGCUAUUUGCUAAGCACCGUACUUAGGUAGUUAUGUGAAUUAUUUGUUACUAGUUGGUUGUGAAUGAUUGUUA